AUGGCAGAAAAGGUGACAUCUACAAGCCCAAAGGUAAAUAUAUAUCUCUUGGUUACAAAGGGAACAGUGGAAGAGGAGAUUAUAGAAACAGGGAAGAACAAGAUGGUGCUGGACCAUCCCAUGAUAAAGCAGAUGGACACCACCAGACAGACGGUUUUGGACAAUAGCUCGGACAGAUCCAAUACAAACCCAUUCAACAAGGAGGAACUGACCGCCAUCCUGAAGUUUGGAGCUGAAGACCUUUUUAAAAAAGCAGAAGGAGAAGAAUCUGAACCACAGGAAAUGGACAUUGAGGAAAUCUUACACCUGGCUAAGACAGGAGAACACGAACCGUCCACAAGUGCAACCAACGAACUGUUUUCCCAGUUUAAGCCUCAGCCCAAUGACAGUGAUUCGGGUGUUGGCAUAAAGAGAAAGCUGCAGAUAUUAUUUGGCUCAGAGACCGAGAAGGAGGAAUCAGAUGAUGACCAAAGGCCAAAAUGCAAAAGGAGGCCUUGCAGCACUCAGAAGGACAUGGUGGAAGGAUUUACAGAAACCGAAAUCAGAAGAUUUAUCAAGGCUUACAAGAAGUUUGGUGUUCCUUUGGAGCGACUGGAAUGCAUUGCUCGGGAUGCCGAACUUGUGGACAAAUCUGUAGCUGAUCUGAAACGUUUGGGGGAACUUCUCCAUAACAGUUGUGCAUCAGCCAUGCAGGAGUACGAGGAGCAUCUGAAGGAGAACCCAACUGAAAACAAAGGACCAGGGAAAAGAAAGGGACCCACAAUUAACAUCUCUGGAGUCCAGGUGAAUGUCAAAGCCAUUGUUCAGCAUGAGCAGGAGUUUGCAGUGCUCCAUCAGGUCAUGCCAUCUGACCCAGUGGAGAGGGCAAGGUUCCAUCUGAACUGCCGUGUCAAAUCUGCCCAUUUCGAUACAGACUGGGGAGUGGAAGAGGACUCUUGCUUGCUGCGGGGAAUUUACGAGCACGGAUGUAGGAACUGGGAGCUCAUCAAAUCAGACCCAGAACUGAACCUGACCAACAAGAUUUUACCAGUUGAGACCGAUAAAAAGCCACAGGGAAAGCAGCUCCAGGCACGAGUAGAUUAUCUGCUGAAACUUAUCAAAAGAGACCUGAAAAGGAAGGAAAGUGUGAAAAAAACAGAGGAGGCUGAAGCCAAAAUGGUGAAGCCCCAAAUCCGGAAGGAAAACAAGCCCCCCCAAAUCAAGGAGGAGCCAGGAAGCGAGGUCUCUUCUGCACAGCCUUCAGACAACCUGUCAGUAGGAGAACAGAAGAAGGAGGACGGGGUGAAUAAGAAUACCCUGAAAAAGAAGUUGAAGAAAGAGAACAAGGAUAAGCAGCCAGCCAAAAGCCAAGAAAAGGAAGGGGAAAAGGAAAGGAAGAAAGAAAAGGAUAAAAAGCAACAGGAUAAAAAAGAACAGCCCAAAGGCAACGAGGCCAAAUCUGGCCACAAAGGGAAGAAGACGCUGGCUCAGGGUCCCGUCCACAUCACGGCAGGAAGUGAGCCUGUCCCCAUUGAUGAAGAGGAAGAGGAUGACUUAGACCAUGCAACCUUCACCAUUUGCAAAAAGCAGCUGAGGCCAGUCAAGAAGGCCCUGAAGCAGUUGGAUAAGCCAGAAAAUGGACUUACAGAACAAGAGCAGCUGGAGCAAACUCGGAGUUGUCUGCUCAAGAUAGGAGACCACAUUGCUCAGUGUUUGAAACACCACACUGAACAGGAAGUUCUUAAUGUAUGGAGAAGCAACCUCUGGAUGUUUGCAUCCAAGUUCACUGACUUUAACGCCAAGAAAUUACAUAAAGUAUACAAGAUGGCUAGUAAAAAACGAGCUCAGGAACUGGCGGAACAGAAGAAGAAGGAAGAGGCAACGAGCGGCAAGCGGCCCCUUCAUUCAGAAGCUCCUGGGCCCAGUCGGGAUGCUCAGAUGACUCCUGUCCCACAUAGCCCUCAUGCUCAAAAGCUGCAGCAGCCACCUCCUCACCCUCCCCAGAUGCAUGGACAUCCACGGGAGAACUACAAGCAGUCAAGUAGAAGGCAUUUCAGCAACACAGAACGGAGCGAAUGGCAGAGGGACCACAGAUUUAAUUAUAGUGGCAAUGCCAUUCAAAGUUGGGACAGACACUAUUACCACCCAUACGAGCAGCCUUGGUACAAGGAGCGCCAAUAUACGAAUCGCCAGGUGCGCCCAGAACAAUAUCGGAGCUCAGCAAACUACUGGCCAAGCUACACGUCUUAUAAACGCCCGUAUGAGCAGUACAACAGUGAACGAGAUUACCGGGACCAGCGUGAAUACAGAUAUUAUCAUGAUGCCAGGAGACGAAGACUCAAUAAAUUCCAGUCCUGGACUUAAAGGACUAAAUGCAGUAAUUAAUAUUAAUUUAUAUUUGAGAAAGGAAUUUGCCACUGUUUAAUGACAUCUGAUGUAAAUAUGUUGUUUUUAAAGAAUUAUUAAGGUUUUUCUAUUGUUAAGCUCCUGUUCUUUAGAUUCUUGUACAUUAAAAGAUCAGUGAGUUUGCCAUAAAUUGGAAUUUCCACCUC